UGAUUGACUGACUACUCUCUCUCUCUCUCUCUCUGUGUCUGUCGCUUGAGACAGAGUCGAAAAUGGAGAGCUAUGCAUUAGCUCUGUCUCCAUUCACUCCCUUUCUCAAAUCACGCAAACCACCCAAUCGAAACCCUAACCAUAACCCUAAACCAGUUCUUGCUUCGCACUCGUUCUUCUCUUCCUCAAAAUCACCUGACCUCUCUCUUCUCAGAAGUUUCUCUCUCUACUCUGCUUCGAGCAACAACAGAGCCACCUCUGUUUCGUUGUUGAUUUCAAACCCAAGGUUGAAUGAUUUCAAGGUCAGGGCUGCUUCGGUUCCAGAAAACGCAGAUGAAACAGAGAAAUCGAAUGAAUUGGGUCGGACUUCGCAGCUGGGUUUCAUGUUUGCAACCUGGUAUUUAUUAAACAUCUACUUCAACAUCUACAACAAGCAGGUUCUGAAGGUAUUUCCAUUCCCGGCAACAGUAACAGCGUUUCAAUUUGGUUGUGGGACUCUGCUUAUUUUGUUAAUGUGGGCAUUUAAUCUACAUACGAAGCCGAAGAUUACUAGAUCACAGUUUGCGGCAAUCUUACUGUUGGCUGUGAUACACACGAUGGGAAAUCUCUUGACCAACAUAAGUCUUGGAAAAGUUGCUGUUUCAUUCACUCACACAAUCAAAGCUAUGGAGCCCUUCUUCACUGUUGUCUUGUCUGUACUGUUCCUUGGGGAGAGGCCCACUCUCUGGGUAGUUUCUUCCCUUGUACCAAUUGUAGGGGGAGUGGCAUUGGCAUCGUUCGCCGAGGCAUCUUUCAAUUGGAUAGGUUUCAGUAGUGCAAUGGCUUCCAAUUUGACCAACCAAUCACGCAAUGUACUUAGCAAAAAGUUCAUGGUCAAUAAAGAGGAAGCUUUGGACAACAUCAAUCUCUUCUCAAUCAUAACAAUCAUCUCCUUUGUACUGCUGGCCCCUAUUGCUAUUCUCAUGGAAGGAGUGAAGUUUAGUCCAUCAUUCCUGCAGUUCGCUGCAAGUCAAGGUUUGAAUGUUAGAGAGUUGUGUGUGAGAGCUCUCCUGGCUGGUUUUUGCUUCCAUACUUAUCAACAGGUUUCUUAUAUGAUAUUACAAAUGGUGUCACCGGUAACCCAUGCAGUGGGAAACUGUGUGAAGCGAGUUGUGGUCAUUGUGUCCUCUGUUAUCUUCUUCCAAACACCCGUUUCGCCUAUUAACGGUCUCGGAACUGCUGUGGCGCUUGCUGGUGUCUUCUUGUAUUCAAGAGCGAAGUGCAUAAAACCAAAGGUUACAUGACUUCAAAACGUGAAAUUAGUUUGUGUCUUAACAGAGAUUCCAAUUUGAUUGGCGGGACGGAGUUGCAUACAGUCAAUUUUCCAUAAACUACUUUCGCACUAUCUUUUUCAUUGUUAACCUGAAUUGGCCCAUCACAAUAUCCUAAUAAAUUCUUACCAGUGACUAAUGUUUCACCAAAUUUCACUGUGUAUACAAAUUUUGAUUCUUCUUA